GUUAUAUUCCAUAGUAUAGAAGAAGAGUAACCAAAGCAAAACCUAAAAUGGCGACAACACUCGCAAAUAGAGCUGCCCAAAAUCAAAGUGCUGGUCUAUUGAGGCUCUCAUUCAACUUCUUGAGGGAUCUCUCAACUUCCACUUCGACUCAAAAACCCAGCGCUUCCUCCUCCUCAACUUCCAAGAAGCCGAAAAGGAAAAAGAAGAAGAACCUUUUCGAGGUAGCUCAGUUCUUACCCGACUGGGGGCUUGGUUACCACAUGGCUAAAACUCAUUGGACCGAUGUUUCCUAUGAAAUCACCAAGAUCAAUCUUUAUAAGGAUGGAAAGCAUGGCAAGGCAUGGGGACUGGUUCACAAAGACGGUGUUCCGGCUGCAGAUGCUCCCAAGAAAAUAAGUGGAGUUCACAAGCGCUGUUGGAGAUACAUUCCACAUUUGUCCAAACCCGGAGAUACUGCUCCAACCUCGAUGAAACCUGCAGAAAAUGCUGCCCCAAAGCCUGAAGCUCAACUAGCUUGAUGCAUUGCCUUGAAUUAUAGAUGCUGGUAACAUGCUAUUGUAUUGUUGACCCAUCCUUUGCAUUCGGUAGGCAUUUAGUUAUUUCUG